AUGCUCGAUAGGUUACCAUAUGACAUUUUCAAACAAAUUGCCAGCAUAAUUCCUCAGGAUGAUAAAAUUGCCCUGACAUACGUAUGUAAAAAAUCUUACGAAUCAAUUUUACCUUUCGUUUAUCGGAACAUAUUCCUUAAUGAAACCUAUCACGUCCGCGGGGACUUUGAUAAUUCGUUUGGAACUUGUUAUUGGUCAGUCUUGAACUUUCCCUUUAUGAAUGAGGAUGAUCCCAAUGCUGAAAACCAGAUAUCAAAUAGAGCACUAGCCAAACUGAAGUUUAGUUAUUUCGAAAGGACAUUAGCGGAAUCUCCAAGCAGGUUAUGUCCGCUCAUUGAUAGAAUUCGUUGUACGUGGCACUUGAAUGAAGAUGUGAUGUCAAAUGUACUGAAUUUGUUAUCCGAGUAUGGAUCUAAUGUGAAAUUUGUCGACCACUUUGUUCGACCAUCAGUUAAUAGUGGACUAAGUCCCUUAUCCAAGCAACUUAAAACUUUAACGUUAACUCCACCAACUGUAAUGCCCACUCACAACAGCGUAAGCAGUUCUUAUUUGAACGAAAUUGAUCGUUUAUUUCUGAACUGCAAUCUAUCUCAACUAGAAAAACUAUCAGUUCAUAUUAACGCAUUGAGGUUUUUCAAGAAUAUAAAGGUUCCUAUGAAAAUUAAGUCUUUGGUGUUGAAUCUGCGACCCGACACACUUGACCUUGCGGAAUACGAUGUAUCUGAUGGACAUUUUGCAGAGUUAGAAUACAGUGAUAUCUUUGACACCUCUACUUUGAAACAGUUGGAAAUUCUGUCUUGGUACAGUCGUGAUGAUAUUCCCUCCGCGGAGGAGGGUGGUUUUGAUAGAUUAUACUUUCAAUGGGGACUAGAUGGUUUUUGGAAAUUCCCCGAGAUUGAGAAUUUAUCAUUAGCAUCACUAGUCUAUAACGAAUUUUUCUUAAGGAACUGUUUGACUGCUUUCCGUAAUUUGAAGAGACUGAAAUUAGACUACAUGGGUAAAUUUGAAUUCGAUGUAUCGUUGAUCAGAUUCCUAUCUAAGCAAGUAUGUGGCAAAAAAUUACAACGCUUUGAUAUACAUUGUGAACUAAAUCACCCACUAUUUUUUCCAACAACAGAGAACCCAUUAAUGCGUUUGAAUUUUGAUGAUUUCUGCCCUUGUUCAAAUUGCAGAAACACCAUUAAUGAGGUCAUUUUGAAAAAAAUAUUUCCUAAGAAUCAGUCAAAACUUGUAAAAAACCCAAGUAGGUUCCAAAGCCGUAAUUUCUUAUUCCAGAUGUUUUUUCAAAACAAGAUUAUGCCUUAUACUAGUAUUAUUGACACUUCGACACCUGCGAUGGGAUGGGAUUCCAUACCUAUUGAAACGUUUGUACAGAGAUUCAACGAAAUUCUGCAAGACACUAACUAUACCGAGAGGAAUUCAACUGAUAAUAUUACUAGAGAAGACGCUAUUUGUUUGUAUCACCUCUACCUACAUUAUCUAAAAGAUAUAUUUGUGGUCUUCGAGCAAAGUUUGCCGAACUUGGAAUACCUAACGCUAAACGGCAUACCCACAAGAAUUAUACAAGUGGACGAGUUACAAAGAUGUGCAGUACCACUCUUCUAUAACAAUGGCUAUAAAAGCAACUCAGUAUAUGAAUUAGUUGACGCUGAAGCCUUAUUUAGCUGA